UCUGUUGAUCUCGCUCGCACUCUCUCAUCCCCUCCCUUGAACCCUUGCGCCCACACGACGACCCGCAGCGCAGCCGUAGGAGGUGAGAAGGCGGCGGCGCCGGCGCCGGCGAGGAAAUCAAGGAAGCCGAAACCAUGGUGGUCCGGAUCCGGCUGGCGCGGUUCGGGUGCCGGAACCGGCCCUUCUACCGAGUGAUGGCCGCCGACAGCCGCUCCCCGCGCGACGGCAAGCACCUCGAGGUCCUCGGCUACUACAACCCGCUGCCAGGGCAGGAUGGUGGCAAGAGGAUGGGUCUGAAAUUCGACCGGGUGAAGUAUUGGCUGUCAGUUGGGGCACAACCAUCAGAUCCAGUUCAGCGCAUUCUCUUUCGGGCUGGACUCCUUCCCCCACCUCCAAUGCUUGCCAUGACUCCUAAGGGUGGGCCUCGUGAUAGGCGCCCCAUUCAUCCAAUGACUGGAAAACCCUUAGAUCUUGAGGGUAUCACAAUAGUUGACUCCGAUGCUCCUGAGGGCGAUGCUGAAGAACAUAAAGAUGAAGUGGCUUCAUAAAUCUUAUCUUUUAGCAUUUGAAAAUGAUGCUAAAUUUCUAUUUUAGCAUUUAUGUAGUGGUACUGCAAGAGAAAACUUGUUUGUUGUGCUUCUGACAAGACUGAGUACUCCUAUGAUGUGGCAAACUUUUAGACAUGUAAUGUUUCAUCCAUUUUGUUCUAAAAAAAUGGCAGGACCGUUGUUUUUCCUCCUAAAUACAGUGCUAUUGUGUGCAUCUGUAGCUCUCAUCCUGUUGUACCAUCCUGCAUUUGCUAAACAAGGUUCGCCUCUGCAAUGGAUUACGUGUGACAUUGCGCCUUGAUGAA